AUGCGUUUCAUGACACUUUCCCUCCUCUCCUUGGCUCUGCCUUCAGCGCUGGCGCUUCCCACACUCCCCAUCGCUUUCAACAAACGAGCUGCAGCUCGCACAUUCGCCGAGCUUACAAUCAGCGACGGUACAGCAGGCAAUGCCCUGGCCGAAGCAACCGCCAAAUUUCCCGUCCCCGCAGACCUCGCCUCCGUCUCCUCCGCAGACCUCAAGACCCUUCAAGCUGAACGGGUAACAGCAGAAGAUGCAGAAACAAAAGCUUUUAAUCCUGCCAUAGCCGCUGCAACAGACAACGCAACAAAGACGGCCCUGCAAAACGGCAAGAUUAAGAACAAGGUGUUAAAGCUAUUUGCGGAAGUACAAGCUUUGCAAAUUCAGCAGGCGCAAGGCAGUAAUAAUCAGGAUAAGAUCGAUGCAGAGACAAAGAAGUUGAAUACGAAUGUUGCCCUAGAUAAGAAGGCGGCUGGACAGACAAGUCAGACUGUCACUUUUACGGGGAAUUGA